AUGAAUUUUGAUAAUUAUAAAAAAUGGGUAACGGAAAAUCUUAUUUCUAAUCUAAAACCAAAAACUGUAGUAGUAAUUGACAACGCUCCAUAUCACAAUAAACAAGUAGAAAAAAUACCCACAUCUUUAACAAAGAAAGCGGAAAUACAAGACUGGUUACGACUAAGGGGAAUACCUUAUGAUGAUAAUAUGUUAAAGCCGCAAAUAUACUAUUUAAUAAAGCUGCAUAAGCCGAAAUAUAAAAAAUAUGAAAUAGAUGAACUCUUUAACGCAAAAGGUCACGAGGUAUUACGGCUCCCUCCAUAUCAUCCCGAUUUAAAUCCGAUCGAGUUGGUUUGGGGUGAACUCAAAACAUACGUGGCCAAAAAAAACAUAAAUUUCAACUUCAAGGAAGUUAUAAAAUAUUGUGAUGCCUUUUUUGAAGAAUUUUCAGCCGAAAAAUGGAAAUCUUGUUGUGAACGGGCCAAACGUCUUGAACAGAAAUAUUUAGAAAAAGAACUAACCAUAGACCUAGUUGUCGAGCAGCUGAUAAUUAACUUGGAUUCAACGAAUAGUGAUACAGAAAGUGACACUGAAGAUGACGAAGAUAGCGAAUUGUCUGGAAUAGAGGAACUUGACGAAGAUGAUUGA